AACUGCUCGGCACGGAGGCUGAGCAGAAUGAGUACAACCGCAACAUCAACUUGGGUGCUUGCGGAUCUUCUGCGACAGAGCGCAUCUCCGCCAGCACUGCGGCUGUGUGGACACGAGUAUCCCCUCUUGCUUCUCCUUACCGGUCCGUUCUCCUCGCCUACGGACCACCAUCGCAGCUGCUGCCUCCGCUACCAGCUCUCGGGCUGCUGCAACGGCAGUUACCGCAAAGAUCUCGCACCGAAUGUGGACCCUGCCUUUCGCCGCCGCUACUUCCGACGUCGCCGCUCGACACGACCGGAGCUGUACGCGAUGAACACGCGACGAUCGACACGCCCUCUCUGCCUUGUGUGGCGAUUACCACGUCGUGGGGGAGUGUUGGGCAUCUGUUCGACGUGGCAAUGCCACUCUACCUCAUUGCUGUCUCUUCCUCGUCUCGCCUCCUCGCGCUAGCCCGUCCCGCUGUCCAACGCCUCUGGCAAGAAGUCCAAUGCGCCUCUACGAGCGCCUCUGCCGUCUGGACGUCUGAGACUGAGCCUGCCAUCUCCGACGUCGGCGGCCCGUGGCGCAAGCCAACAUCAACGUUCGGGGCAUUGAAGAUCGUCCUCACGUCCCUGAUGCGCUCAUCCGCGUCAACGCGGCGAGGCCUCCCAACGGCCCAAUCGCCGCGCCGCAAGGGGGCGCCCCCGCUGCCGCUCCCGCGCCCGCCGCGCCUGCCGCGCCCGCUCAAGCCGCCGCCCCGCGACGCUCAGCCCGGAUUGCAGCUCGCGGCGCGCCAUGACCGAGCUCCACAACGAGCUCCUGUUCAUUAUCUCCCCUUUCUCUCUCUCCGCCCACUCGGCCGCGCUUUGACCCCUUCACUGGAUCAUCUUAGCGCGCAAGUCUUGCCAACAAGCAAGACCAUCC